AUGUCUACUUCAUUGGAUCAACUCAAGGCUGCUGGCACCACCGUCGUCAGUGAUUCUGGUGAUUUCGCAUCAAUCGGCAAAUACAAGCCCCAAGAUGCCACCACCAACCCAUCUUUGAUCCUCGCCGCCUCCAAGAAGCCCGAAUAUGCCAAGCUCAUGGACGUCGCUGUCGAGUACGGCAAGAAGCACGGUGGCAGUGAUAUCGAUGACCAGGUUGACGCUACUCUCGAUCGUCUCUUGGUCGAGUUCGGAAAGGAGAUUUUGAACAUUGUCCCAGGAAAAGUCUCAACUGAGGUUGAUGCCCGAUUCUCGUUCACUACUCAAGGUUCCGUUGAGAAGGCUCUGCACAUCAUUGAUCUCUACAAAUCCAUCGGCAUCGACAAGUCCCGCGUCCUGAUCAAGAUUGCCUCUACCUGGGAAGGUAUCCAAGCUGCCCGCAUCCUACAAAAGGAGCACGGCAUCAACUGCAACCUGACCCUCCUCUUCUCCAAGGUGCAAGCCAUCGCCGCCGCCGAGGCUGGCGCAUUCCUGAUCUCCCCCUUCGUCGGCCGUAUCCUUGAUUGGUACAAGGCCAAGACCGGAAAGGCUUAUACCAAGGAGGAAGACCCAGGAGUGGCCUCUGUCAAGAGCAUCUUUGAUUACUACAAGAAGUUUGGAUACAAGACUAUUGUCAUGGGUGCUUCGUUCAGAAGUGUUGGUGAGAUUACCGAGUUGGCUGGUUGUGAUUAUUUGACUAUCUCUCCCAACCUCCUUGAAGACUUGAUGGCCUCCACAGAAGCCGUCCCCAAGAAGCUCGACGCUGCGGGCGCCAAGUCCCUCGACAUCGAAAAGAAGACAUACAUUGACAACGAGUCCGAUUUCCGCUUCGACUUCAACGAAGAUCAAAUGUCAGUUGAGAAGUUGAGAGAGGGUAUCAGCAAAUUUGCCGCCGAUGCCGUUACGCUUAAGGAUAUCCUUAAGAAGAAGAUUGAGGCAUAA